AUGACUUUUGGAGAAAUGUCACCUGUAAACCUUCUAAACUGGAUAAUUUCUAAAGAUUUUGAGCUCAGGAAAUACAUCACAAGUUACCCAGGCGAGGAAAAAAGGGACAUGGGUACCCUAGAGGGGGACGUCCAAAACUGGGCCAUGUUGAUUCAGAACUACAUUCUACAGUUAGCCAGUGAUGGUAUCAAACGAGACUUCUCUCAGUCUUACCUCGAUGAAGCUAGCUACACAAAGGAGGUAAAAAAUGGAACCAAAAUUGCCAAAAAAGUCAAGAAAACUCUGGGUGAUUACUUUGAGAAGAAGAAAGUUGCAGCCCAGAGGUUAGCAGACAAGGUGAGAGAACUUUAUGACAACUUUAUGAACCUGAAUUUGACUGGCAAAGUAGUUAAUAGUCUAAACGACUUAGGAGACGAUCGGUACAGGGAUUCUGAUAUCCCAGGCACCCUCCCAAGUGAUCUAACCUUCACUCCGAACUUUCGCCAGAAAGUGGCCUGGAGUCAGUCGACUAUAAAAAUUGCUGAUGAACUCCCAAGAGGUGACGCUUCUACAAUUAACUCCAUUUUUUACACAGCUGGCCUUGAUGAAGUUUUUAAAAGAAACAAGAAUGACGAUGAAUCACUGAGAUGGCAGUAUUUUGGUUCCUCGGUGGGUAUUGUGAGAAUCUAUCCAGGCCGAGAGUGGUCAACAAACUUUGCUGGCUUUUACAAUGAUUACGAUCCACGUGUUCGUCCCUGGUAUAUAGCUGCAACCAGUGGUCCAAAGGAUGUGGUUAUCAUUUUAGACUGUAGCUUGUCGAUGGCUGGUGAGAAGUUUGCUAUAGCAAAAGGUGUGGCUAAAACAGUGAUCAACACCCUCACCAAACAGGACUAUGUGAAUGUGAUCUGUGCACGGGCUAGUCAUUGGGACGAAGUUGGAAAGUGGAAGUAUUUUUCAACUGAUGUGUUGAGUUGCCAGACAGAGAGUCUGGUUCCUGCGACCAUCGCUCACCGGAAGGAUUUGAUAGAGAAGAUAAAGAAACUCAAAGCUGGGGGUACUAGUGAAUUGGAGAAAGGUUUUGAUAUUGCCUACGAUCUGCUGAUGGGUAAUGCCAGGACAGGGUGUCAGUCUGUUAUUGUGUUUGCUACAGAUGGUCAGGAGAUGGAUGGAGAAAAUGUUCGCUGUGGACCAGGCUAUUAUACAAGGAGUGGGUAUGUGCCAGGGCCAGUCUGUAAAUAUAACUGGACCAAAGUUUUCAAUGUGGCUGAUGAGAAGAGGAAAUAUUCUCAUCCUGAGCCCCGUAUAUUCAGCUACUUGAUUAAGGACCCUGAUGAGUCAUUCCCUGGGACACUGGCCUGCUCCCAUCGAGGAAGCUUGGUUAAACUGAUGAAUGGACAGAGUCUCAUAUCACAGAUGAACAACUACUUUGAAUUUCUGUUUGGCAAUGCUAAGAACACCAAUGCUUUUUGGACAUCCCCCUAUCUGGAUGCCUGGGACCUAGGUAUCAUGGUGACACAUGCGAUUCCUGUCAUGAGUAGUGAUGGAAAAAAUAUUGGGGUAGUUGGUGUGGAUGCCACCUUGGAUGAGAUUGAGAACUUCCUUACCAAACAUCAAUGGGGAACUGUGUACUCCUUCCUUAUUAACAACAAAGGGGAGACAAUCUACCAUCCAAGACUCAAACCAAGUACCAAUCUUCUUGAAGAUCCGAUCUUUAUUCCUAUUUCACAACUUGAGACCGACAUUGAUAGGAAUCCAGCUGAAUUUAGCCUGAUAGAACAAGACAUGAGGCAGGGAAAAACCGCACAUAAACAUAUACCAAAGUCUAAAGAUGGGAAAGCUAGGACUUACUACUAUGCAGCACUGAAUGAAUCUGAGUAUUCCUUUGCCUACAGUUUGGCUGACACUGACAUGGUGUUUAGAAGAUCUCAGGAGCCAACAGAUAGAUCGAAAUAUACCAUUAGUAUUUUCAAUCUCCUAAAGGAAUAUAGAGGUAACAAGUCUAGGGAGAAGUUACCCGGCAUGGCUGAGUUUAUUGAGAUCAAGGAAAAUGAGGAGAAGUACCCAGGACUGCGAAUCUCCUAUAAGUUUUCCACGAUUUUCCUGCCGGCAAAGGCUUACUGUGACCCAAUAUCGUACUUAUAUGAUGAUAACCUGGAACAGAAGACUAUCGACGCUCAUGUGUGGAUCAACAGUAUGAAGCCAGACAAUAAGAGCUGUAGUGAAUCAAAGGGAAAAUUUAACAAGGGCAUUCGGGCUGAUGUCCUCAUAACACAGCCAAUUGAGGAAAUCUGGAAAAACAGAUCCUUUGAAUCUUUGGACCAGGUGAAAUGGACCAACAUUGGUCUAAGAAGUGGUGUGUUUCGAACCUACCCAGGACAUAGGUCAACCAGGGGCUAUGAUCCUACCAAACGACCUUGGUACAAGCGAACUAGCAGCGCUCCCUGGAAGACAUCAAUAUCAACACCAUACAUGGAUGCUGCAGGUGUGGGGAAGAUCAACACCAUCUCCCAGGCAGUGUUUGAGGGCAUGACCCCUCGCACACAAGAGGAGUGUCUAACAAUAUCUACUACUGGACCGUGGCCAGGUGGCUGCAAGUGUAAUGUUAAUGAAAAUUGUAUCAGCAGAGAAUGUUACAUCAGUAAGGCACCAGGUCCUAACAGUGACCAACGUAGAUGUGCGACAGAGCGUGUAGAGGGAGUGACAGGACUGGACAUCCUGUAUGAUGACUUCCAUGAGAAAACCAUGGGAAGCAUGCAGGCCAGUGACUUUCGCCGCUCUUGUGGUCAGAACUACACCUGUCCUGACCACGAACCAGGUUGUCUUACCAGAUGUUACCUGUUUGACAGUGAUGCAUUUCUGGUGAUGGAUCCAGAGUUUAUGAUAGCCAGUGAUCUGGAGGAAAACAAGUAUGUCCGAGUCCAGUUGGGCACAAAAGAAGGGGAGGUAAUGAAGGACCUCAUAUACAAACACAAGUUUUUUAUCAGAAAGGAAGACACAGACUUUCAGGGAUCCUGUCGCAUAACACCUGAAGCUCCUAAGGUUACAUUAGAAGGCAUUCCGAAAAAUCCUGAAGAAAAAGAUGCCUAUACUAAAGAGAAAGGUCAGAUUCCUAAAUUCAACAGUGAGUUUGGCUGUAUACAAGACUUAGUGGGCUUCAAGGCCAAUGACACAGCACUGGGACCAAGCGGAAUGUUGACAGGGAAUGUGUCUGGUCCCUGUAUGUCCGGUUUCUAUUACGUUAUAGCCUUACCCAAAACCAACCUGUAUCUCCUUGUUAUAGAGAACUGGAAUGCCUACAAAGCCACUCUUUUCUACAACUUCAACUGUAAAAUAACUAGAAGUAUUGUGAACUCUGGUGCAUACAGGAUAAUUAACGGAACAUGUGCUCAUGAAGACAAGUCCACUAGUACCUUAGCCCAGCAGGGGCUUUGUCCAUCCACCCGCGACCUUGUGCUACCCUCCGAAAAGGCUGCAAUAGAGGAAGUAAAAGCGUUCUGUCUUAUUGAUUACCUUUUCAGUUUUCUCAAGUACCUUUUUGGUUCUUAG